CUCCGAGUUCUUGGAUCUAAAACAGCCCUGAUUUCUCCACACUUCAUCCUCGACCUCCCUCGCCAUGAAGGUCACUGACUCCUUCGCCACCUCGGCCUUGAACGCGGGCAUAAACGGGGAUGUUGAGAACGGCCAAAGACGACAGUUGCGCCCCUUCCUUCUAUUCCCGGCCCAAGAUUUCCACUAGAAUGGAUCGAAAAAGUCUAGCUCGUGUUAUACAGGGGAGGAGGAUGACGUCUUUGAUAGGGCAGCGAGGCUGGGAUUUCCAAUCUUACAAGUUAUCCAAUCUCGACGCACGAGUUCUUUGACGAAGGGUUUUAAAACUGUCGGUCUUCUGUGAAAUAGAAAGCUAUUCGUGUCGCGUAUCCUUUUACUGAGGGUUUCUAAAAUACACGAUGGCGAGCAUUGGUGAAUUUGAGCGAGCUUGUGAGAAUGGAGCUUCGGUCCAGGAGGAGCUGCUGGCCGGCAUUCUCCGCAAGAAUGCAAGCACCGAUUAUCUCCAGAAGUUUGGGAGCCCCCAAACUCCAGCUGCUUACAAAUCCCAGGUUCCAAUCGUAUCCUAUGAGGAUGUCGCCGGAGAGAUUGAAAGGAUUGCAUCCGGGGACGAGAGCCCAGUUCUUUGCCAGGACCCAAUUAUUUGCUUUUUCGCGAGCUCCGGCACAUCAUCUGGGAAGCACAAGAUUAUUCCAGUCACUGCUGAGAAUAUGUCCGCCACAACGAGAGCAAUAGAACUUUCCAGUGCUUACAAAGCAAGAUGUUUCCCGGAGCUUGGAAGUGGGAGAGUGCUCGGUUUGUACUACUGCAUCGAUCAAUUUCAUACCAAGGCGGGGAUCUUGGUGGGAGCUGGCACCACUUACACGAUCAAGAACUACAGAAACUUCUCAAGUAAGUUCACGACUCCGUACGAGAUGAUCGUGUCCGGGUCAAACUGGCGGGAGCUGACGUACUGCCACUUGCUGUGUGGCUUGAUCCAGCGAGACGCGGUGGAACACAUCGAGUCGAUGUUUGCCUACACCAUCUGCGAGUCUCUGAGGAUCCUCGAGAGCGAUUGGGAGGAGAUUUGCAACGACAUAAGAACUGGCAGCUUGAUCAGCGGCAAAGUCACACACGCAAAGCUCCAAGAAGCUUUCGCGAGGUUAAUUCUGGAUUAUAACGAGCUGGAUCGUGUCCGCAAUGCCGAGGCCAUCACCAAGAUUUGCAGCAGAAAAUCAUGGUCUGGAAUUCUUUCCUUGCUCUUCCCGCGAGCAAAACUGGUUUCCACAGUGGUGACCGGGGGGAUGGCACACUUUGUUCCUCAGUUAAGAGAUUACGCAGGUGUCAAGCUUCCAAUCUCCGGGAAAGACUACUACUCGUCUGAGGGAGUUCUUGGGAUCAACACAAACCCCGCUUCUCCUCUUGAGGAAGUCGUCUUCACAAUUUUACCACACAUAAUGUACCACGAGUUUCUUCCGCUCGGUGCUAAUAAUCCAGCUGGUGAAAUCCUGGCUCCACACGAGGUUGUCGUUGGGCAAGAGUACGAGAUCGUCAUCACGAACUUCGCAGGAUUAUAUCGAUACCGAGUCGGGGACGUGGUGAAAGUAUCGAGUUUUUUCCAUGGAGUUCCUCAGCUGGCUUUCAGCCACCGCAAGAACGCGGUUCUGAGCGUCCAAAAUGAGAUGGUCGACGAGCAAGAGCUCCAAAAUGUGGUGAUGGAAGUAUCAAAAGAGGCAGGGAUCGAGGUGGCGAACUUCACAGCCUAUGGCAAUUCCACCGCUGUUCCUGCGCACUACGUGAUCUUCUGGGAGCUCAAACGCAGAGAAGGGAUCAACAGAGAGCUCUUGGAGAGAUGCUGCUCGAGUAUAGACAGGUCUUUCAAUCCGGGAUACACUGGAAAGAGGCUGGAUGAAGUGAUCGACUCGCUGGAGCUGGUGAUUGUCAAGGAAGGGACGUUUGAGAGGCUGAUGGAGGAAGCUGUGAGGAAUGGAACAUCGCCAGCGCAGUAUAAAACUCCAAGGUGUGUGACCUCUCCAAGAAUGCUGGAAGUUCUAGAGUCUGGACGCGUCCAGAGCUACAAGAGUGGGGAGAUGCCUAGAUCUGUGUUAGAGAGCUGGGAGCCAAGCUUUCCACAAGGCAGUGCAUCGCGAGAUGCCUAGAAUAUACCUGAAAAAGCAUCCAGAUUUGUCUCCAACAGAAGUCCGCCCCUCACCUCAUUUUGUCUGGCUGAGAUUUCUAAGAACAAACAUAGUUAAGGUAGCAAAAUCAUAGUCAA